GAAGAGCUCAAAAGGGCGGCUGUUUGUUCGUUCGCUGGACGAACAGAGCCAGAAGAACGACGAUAAUUUAUGUGGAAUCAGUUGUCGUGGAUGGACACCCUAGACCAUCCGACGUCAGAAAACUUCCAAAAUAGCAUUGCACACGUUUACAAAGGGCCUGGUGAGGCGGUUCAGCAGUCUGGUCUUCCUAGCGAUUAUGGAGUCGUCGAUUCAGUGCAUGGAAUAAGAUCUCUCUCAAGCCCCGAGGGGCACGACAAGCGCCCAAGAAGACUUUCACACAAAUACGACGACUUUGAACAACCUACAGUGCGAGCUAUGGCUCAGCAACCAACGAAUCCACAGCCUACACCGACAAAAAGCAACAGAACUACAAAUCAACUUCAGUAUCUUCUAAAAACUGUCAUGAAAGGGAUAUGGAGGCAUCAAUAUGCUUGGCCAUUCCGUGAACCCGUGGACGCCGUGAAGCUCAAUCUACCGGACUACUACACGAUUAUCAAGAAACCGAUGGAUCUUGGCACCAUCAAAAAGAAACUCGAAAAUAAUGAGUAUAACAAUGCCAAGGAGUGCAUUGAUGAUUUCAAYUUGAUGGUCGACAACUGCUAUAAAUACAACAAACCCGGAGAUGAAAAGGAAGUUAUUAUUGGCAUCAAACGAAAAGCUGAUGGAAUUGGAGGUGGAGGGAAAAAAGGCAGAAAGCCUGGUCCAAAACCAGUCCUACCAACAGCCGUAGUUCCAGAUAGCACGCCCUUAAUUGGUCUACCUCCAGCAGCUGUCAUGUCAACGUUACCACCCUCRUCAGUCACAGCAACCACAGCUCUYCCAACACCUGUAGAAGUAACUACAACUGCACUACCUACACCAUCAGUUACACAAGCUCCAACAAUGUCAGGACCCCCUACGAUAAAUAUAGCAGCCAAGGCUAAAAAAGGCAUAAAAAGAAAGGCUGAUACCACAACACCAACAACGCCUAUUGGGGAUCUAGUGGACUCUGGAUUAUCUGCACCYAAAGCUGCUAAGGUACCCGCAAGAAGGGAAUCAACUCGAACAGUCAAGAAACCCAAUCGAGACCUACCUGAAGUACCUAGCCUGUCACGAGGUAAAAGAAAACCGCUAUCAGAACAGCUAAAGUAUUGUAAUACAAUCCUAAAGGAUAUGUUCUCUAAGAAACACUAUUCAUAUGCGUGGCCUUUCUACAAACCAGUGGAUGCAGAUGCUCUUGGCUUACAUGAUUAUCAUGAUAUUAUCAAACAGCCCAUCUCAAUGGCUGACAUGAAGGAUAAAAUGGACAAUAGGUUAUAUGAAACUCCUUCAGAGUUUGCUGCAGAUGUUCGCUUGAUGUUUAGUAAUUGUUAUCGAUAUAAUCCUCCUGAUCAUGACGUUGUCAAGAUGGCAAGACAGUUACAGGAUGUAUUUGAAAUGAAGUAUGCCAAAAUGCCAGAAGAACCAGAACAACCACAGCCAAGUCCUCCAAUACAACAGCCAACAGUCGAAGAGCCCAUGCACCAGGAAACUUCUGAGGAGUCUUCUUCUGAAUCGAAUGACAGCGAAGCUGAAAGAGCAAAUAAACUAUCACAGCUUCAGCAACAGCUUAUAUCUGUCCAUGAACAACUUAGCAAGCUAACUGGUGAAAAGGUCAGCUUGGUUCCCAAAAAAGCCAAAAAAGAAAGCUCAAAAAAGAAAAAGGAACACACRAAAUCCAAGCCAGCACACAAACAGAAGAAACAAGAAGCAGCAGUGAAGACUACAUCAACAACUGCAAAAGCUGACAAGKCUGCAAAGAAACAGUCUGCAUCAAAACGAUCCGCUAAAAGCAAAUUGGCUGCAAAAAAGAAAACAUAUGAAGUUGAUAGCGAUGAAGAGGAUAUAGCCAAGGAAAUGACUUAYGAUAGAAAGCGAGACCUUAGCCUGAACAUCAACAAGCUUCCAGGAGGCAAGCUCGGCAAAGUUGUGCAUAUUAUACAGUCUAGGGAACCAGGCCUUCGAGAUUCGAAUCCGGAUGAAAUAGAAAUAGACUUUGAGACUCUAAAACCCUCGACAUUGAGGGAACUGGAAAAAUAUGUGCAGUCAUGCUUGAGGGAAAAGUCCAAGGCCCCUUCUAAAAAGCCUAAAAAUGCUGAGGAACGGGAGCAAGAGCAAGCGCGAAAAAAAGAGGAAUUAGAAAGACGACUACAGGAUGUAAGUGGGAAGAUUGGAGGGUCAACUCAGAAGAAACAACAAAAGAAAGACUCACAUCACUCAGAACAAAGAAUUAUUGAUGUUGUUGGUAGUGAACCAAGACCAUCUCGUCUUAGUGAAAGUAGCAGUAGUGGCUCUGGGUCAAGCAGUAGUUCUGGGUCAUCGUCAACCUCUGGGUCAUCAAGCUCUGAAAGCAGCUCUGAUUCAGAAUCAGAGUCUGGUGGUAAAGGCCACAAGACUAACCCCAGUACCAAGAGCAAAGUUGCUUCUUCUGGUCAGAAUACAGCUAAGAACUUAACAAACGACACUCAAAAUGUUUCAUCAAAAAUUGAAAAAAAUACAACUUCAUCAGCACCUGUCACUGUCACCGCACCUGUCACACAAUCUCAUUCUCAAGCUUCGCACCAGAUGACAGCRCAUCAUAAAACUAAUGGAAAAGCAAAGCCAGCYGCUYCAGCRCCAAAGACKGACCCYGUACACAAAACUACUGCAGCGCCCAUUCCUCCAGUGAAUACACCCAAGCAGCAAGCUAAAACAAAGUCAACAACUAACAAGCCCACUCCAGUCUCUAAAACAACCACACCCAAGGUCACAAAGGCCACUACUGUACCCAAAUCAGCAGCAACUCCCAAAACUACCACACCAGCAAUACCAAAAACUACACCCUUGCCCAAGACAGCUCCAGCAUUUAGUACUACUAAAGCCACUCCUUCGACAACACUUCAACAAGCCAAAACAACGGCUCAUACAAUCCCAACAACACCGGUUAGCAAUGUUGUCUCAAGCUCUGGUAACAUGUUAAAGGAUAGUACUAAGAACUCUACGCCAGUCAACCCUCCAAAGACGGGAGGAGCUGGUAUAACAUUUUCUAUUGGUGAACUUCCGGGGUCUCUAGCAUCUAUAGGACAAAAACCACUGGAAACAGGAGUGAAAAAGGAGAUUCUUAACAAAACCAUUCGUCACAAACCAGCUUGGUCAAGUCUUUCAUCAUCAGCUCCAUCUCUACCAAGAUCAGCGUCAAAUAGUAGUUUUGAAAAAUUCAAACAGCAGGCCAAGGACAAGAAUGAAAGAGAAAGGGCACUUAAAGUACAAGAAGAGCAAAGACAGCAACGAAGAGAGCAAGCAGAGGCUGAAAGAGCUAGACAAGCAGAGGAAAGAAAGAGGGAGAGAGAAGAAGAAGAAAUACUAGAAAGAGCAAGAAUGCAGCACCAAGAAGAAAAAGCAAAACUAGAAGAAAAAAAGWUGAUGGAUAGAAACAGAGCACGCGAAGCUGAAAGACGUAAAAGAGAAGCUAUGGCUGGCACAAUCAAUAUGAAUGAACAGAGUGAUAUUAUGGCUUCAUUUGAGGCUGAAAAUCUACUUUAAAUCGAUGAAGUUCACAUAAAUAUUAUACUUWAAUGCAAGAAUCAAAAAGGGGAGUCACAUCCUUGGAUCACAAUUUGGAUGACAUGUUGAUAUUAUUUUAUAUUUAAGAUUGUAGCGUUAACUUUGUGAUUGCAUCAACGAUUUAAAAUAAGUAAUUUUGUUUAGAAUGAUGCAAUUYUUGUUCYUGUAAAUGUGUUACGUGUUUUUCUUAAUGACCACAGAAACCAAUUUUUGUCAAAAAUGUUACUCUGCRAACCAGAGACUUUUUGUUGAACGUUAGACAGYACAAAUAUCAGAUAUUUUUAAGCGCUAUGUAUAGAAAGAGAUACAGAGGUAAAUGAAACAUUGUAUAWUAUUACUUGACUUAUCUCUAACAAGGCUUCAUUUCAAUCUAGUAGCUCCAUGAUCAGCCAUUUUUGUUAAUAAUUUAAACUCUGGGUAUUAUGACACCUUAUUGAAAUCUGGUGUAAAUAUGCCACCAAAGAUGAAUAUCAAUGUCAUCAAUGCUUUUAUUAAAUGAGGAGUAAUCCUAACGACAAAAAAUGUAUAAAAAUAGAAAAAAAAUAUUUAAAAAGAAAUGAAAAAAUGGAUCAAAAACAACAAAAUUGAAACAUAAAAAAAAAACAAUAAUAAAGAACAAAAAGAUUUUGAACAAUAAAAAGAAUACAGUUGAAACAGAAGCCCUCUUUGUGUUAAUGUAGUUAAAAAUCUGUUUCAAGUUCACAGAAAUGAAACAGAUUCCUGUCUUCCUGCAUUUUCAAUAUAUUUGAACCACUUUCCUAAUCCAKUCAAAAGUAUUCAUGAAUUGCAAUAUAAGUGAUGAGCCGCGGUAGUUUUUAAGAAAUGAUUACACUUAACUAGUUCUUCAUUUAUCAAAGGUUUCAUGGAUGAAUAUGUAGUAUUGUAUGCUCACCUGUAUUGUUAAUAGACUGCCUUAAAAGGUGGCUGUGUUAAUACAACGCUGUACUCUUUGAUGUGAAAAUAAACUAAUGUUCAGGCUUAA